AUGUGUCGCUUCGAGCACCACCACCUCCCGGGUAGCGAGGGGCCCAGCGAGGCGUACCCUCCUCCGCGGCACCUGGCAGACUCGGCCCGCCCGUUCUGCGUGCAGGAGGCUGUAAUGGGCUGGUGCUCUCAUGGCUUGUACUGCCAGUACCGUCACGGCCCGGCCCCGCGUCUCGCACCCGAGCCCGCGCCGGCAGCCGCAGCUGGCGGGCAAGCCGGCGAGAGAGCCGGUGAUGGCGAUGGCAAUGGCGAUGGCGAUGGCGAUGGCGAUGGCGACGACGAGGCGGCUGCAGCUGCGGCUGCCGAGCUAGUCGAGGCCAAGGCGGCUUAUGCUGUUGCAGCAGCCGAGUAUGCAGGCAAGGCGCAGGAGCUGGCGUGCGAGCUUGUGGCUGUGGACCCGGAGCGGGCGGCCGGGCUGGCGGCGCUGAUGGCGCGGCUGAAGGAGUCGAUCGAGCCGCGGCCGUCGGACGAGAGCAUGCGGCAGGCAGUGUGCAACGCGGUCCAUGCGUUUGUGGAGGAUGCCAUGCCGAAUCUGCGGCGCGGGUACGUCUCCACCUCGUCGCUGCAUCUGUUCGGAUCGUCGGCCAACGGGUUCGGGUCGCGGUCGUCUGACGUGGAUGUGAGCAUGGAGAUGCGGCUGCCGCGCAACCGCAUUGCGCGGUCGAACGUCAUCUCGAACGUCAUCAACACGCUGGGCAAGAAGAUGCGAGCAGCACCCGAGUUUGCCCGCGACGUCAAGUGGAUUACUGGCGUCAAGAUUCCGCUCAUCAAGUUUGUUCAUGUCGACUCGGGCCUCUCGGUUGACUUUUCGAUCGGCAACUCGCUCGCACUCCGCAACACUCGCCUGCAAAAGUGCUACGCCUCGCUCGACGAGCGUGUUCGCGACCUCAUGUAUACCAUCAAGUACUGGGGCAAGGCACGCAAGAUCAACGACGCCGCCAAGCGCACGCUCUCCUCGUACGCCCUUACCAUCAUGCUCUUCCACUACCUCCAGGCCGGCCUCGUCCCGCCGGUGCUUCCAGUCUUGCAGACCAUGCCCGGCGGCUCGACCGAAGGCGGUGAUCCGGUGCGCAAGCCGCGCCCGCCGCCGACACCGGAUGCAGCAGCGGAGGGCGAGAGCGGCAAGGAGGGGAAGGGUAAGGUGCCCGCGCGCAAAGACAAGGGCAAGAAGGCCGGAAGCGGCGGCGGUGACGAAGCUGGCGGUGCGGACUCGGGCUCGCGCUCAGGCUCGGGCUCGGACUCUGGGUCUGACAAGGCCGAAGACGAGGUGACCAAGCCGCGGGUCUUUGACGACUCGUGGAAGCGCGACGAGUCGCGUGACCCAAGCCUGCCGUCGGUGCGGAUCAACGGGUAUGAGACGUACUUUUGCAACUCGCUGCCUGCAGUCCGGACGGCGUUUCCGGUGGGGGCUAAUGCGGCGCCGGCGGCGCAGCUGCUGCUUGGCUUCUUUGACUACUACGCCAACAGCUUCCCGGUGGAGACGCACGUGGCGUGCAUCCGGCGCGAACUCGGGCACUCGCUGACCAAGGCCGAGAAGUCGUGGGAGUCGGCCAUGCUGGCAGUGGAAGACCCGUUCGAGCUCAACCACAACCUGACGGCCAUGGUCUCGGGCGAGUACUGGGAGCUGGUCCACUCGGAGUUUGUGCGGGCAUAUAACCUGCUGUUUGGCUACCUCACCCGCGCCCCGCAUACGCCGGACCGCAGCCCGGACGGGUUUAUGGACGUCCUCUGCGCCAUCCUGCCCGAGCGCGAGUUCCACUACGAGGCGCCACCCAAGAAGGACGGCCGCAAGUAA